AUGGAGCGUCGAACUUUUGAAGCUCCCAUGGAGUGGGAGUACCAGAACUCUGGGCCUGUCGAUCUAACCAGUCCGUUUGCCCAGGUGGCCAGGAAGAGAUCAGAUAAUUUGUUUGGUGGCUCAACUCUCAAGCCAUCCACAACGCCCCCGACAACUUCAUAUUCCGUCUUUGGAACACCUUCAUCAAAACCGCCCACGCGAUCAUUCUUCACUCCCCAGCUCGCCCCCCAAGUUGUGGCACCGCCGUUUCGCAACCCUGCAUUCACAACACCAAGGAAACUAGAACAGUCUGAUACCUCCUUCACCGACGCCGAGACCUCGUUCACGGAUGCCUCCUUCGUCUCGUGCGCCGACGACAGCCCAGCGCAAACCGACGUUUCCAUCUUGCCCAACGACACCCCCGAAUCGGAUCGCAUGAGCGACGCAACGAUAAGCAACACGACUCCGACCAAGAUUGACAAGAACACUCGCUACAACAGGAGCUCCCCGCGAAGGCAUGCAGUAGGAAAAGGGGAGAUUCGACCUCUCAGCAGGGAUAAGGAGCUGCAGGUGCUUAGGAAGCGGAAGCGGCACAAUCUGGACAAGGACGUUAGCAGCGUGAUCAGACAUCUGCCCCGAGACUGGGAGGGCGAUGUGUCAGACUCAGAGACUAGCAUGGCAGACUAUCGAGUCACAUCACCGAGCAAAGUGUUAUCACGACCCGGAUCCUCAUCGCAGCAGACGCACCAGAUGGCCCCGAAUCUUCCGCCUAGCGCUCCCGACCACAUAUACCGGUGGCUACAGCUCGGCCUCAAUUGCUUCAUUAUGGGCAUCAUCAUGUACUUUGGGUGGAGCGUUGUCGACGCAGUGCGAUCAGAUGUUCGAAAUGCCAACGAGAUGGCCCGCAUGGAGAUUAUGGCCCGCAUCACAGAAUGCCAAAACCACUACACCAGCAACCAGUGCGCCAAGAGGAGAGACCUGCCAGCGCUGCGUGCCCUGUGUGACGACUGGUAUGACUGCAUGUCUCAAGACUCCGACGCCAUUAUGCGCGUCAGAGUCACGAUCAAGCAGAUUGCAGAGGUGAUCAACGAAUUUGCUGACGCUAUGAAUCUCAAGGCAUGGAUCAUGUUUGCCACAAUUGCCGUCUUCGUCAUCUUUUCCAAUGUCAUGCUUGGAUGGGGACGUUCCAAGGCACAAGUGGCACCAGCGCAUCCGCCAGCCUUCUCUCAUGUUCCCAUUAUGGGCCCAGACACGACGCCAGCACACUUUAGAACGCGGUUCGAGACCCCCAGAUCACAGCGGUAUGCCUUUAUCGAGGAUGAUAGGGUCGAUAGCGACAUGUCACUGGGGAAAAUGAGCCUGGGCUCAGGCUUCUCAUACGGCACGGUAGGACGACGCAGCCCAGGCAAGGGAGAGCGGACAGCAAGUCCCAGCAAGUAUCACCGAAGUCCUGACAGGGGUGUUGACAGAUUAGGGGGCUCUCUGCGCUGGUAG